AUGGCUCUCGAGUCCACAGUGACGGCCACGGCGCUGCCCAAAAUCACAGAGGAACUGAAUGCCGGAGAGAACUAUGUAUGGUUCAUGAACGGGUACCUCCUGACCGCGGCCGACUAUCUUCGCAGUGGCCACAUUCGUCGUCGGCAGCGGCAUCAGCGGCGGCGCAACCUCGACGGCUAUGCUCAUCGCCGGGCGGCUGGUGCAGGGCCUCGGUGGCGGUGGCACGUCCUCGUGACGCUCCUUGUCGGCUUCGCUGGCAUGGGCCUCUUCCAUGCGUACGAGAUCUCCUGCUGGGUGGCUGACAUCGCCACCAUCGCGCCCCGGAUCUGGACCAACCGCACCAGCGUCAUCAAUAUACUUCUCGUCUUCAUCCAGCCAAUGCUCAUGUACUGGGCAACCUAUUUCCUGCCCGUGUACUUCCAGUCCGUGCUGCUCGCCUCGUCCACCCGCGCCGGCGUGCUCCUCAUGCCCUUUAUCCUGUUCGGCAUCCCCUCGGCCGUCGCCGCCGGGGCCGUCAUGACAAAGGUCGGCAGGUACAAGCCGGUGCACUGGUUCGGCUUCGCGUGCUCGGUGCUGGGCUUCGGCCUGUGCAUCAACUUCGACGUCAACUCGUCACUCGCCGAGGUCGUCCCCUACCAGAUGGUACAGGGCCUCGCCGGCGUGCUCCUCGUCGCCAUGCUUCCCGCGAUCCAGGCCGCGCACCCGCAGGCCGACGUCUCGGCCGUCACGUCCUCGUGGAACUUCUACCGCGCCUUCGGCGGCAUCUGGGGCAUCGCCAUCCCCUCCGCCGUCUUCAAGAGCCAGAUGUCGUCGCGCGCCAGCGGCUACAUCGCCGAGCCGGCCGUCGCCGCCGCCGUGGCCCGGGGCGAUGCGUACUCGCACGUCUCGAGCGUCUUCAUAUCGUCGCUGCCGCAGGCCGUGCGGGGCCAGGUCAUCAACGUGUACUCGGACUCGCUAAGGAUCGUCUGGGCUGUGGGGCUGGCCCUGGCGGCCGUCGCCGUCGUCGCGGUCUUCUUAGAGGCGGAGAUCCCCAUGCAGACGGAGCUCGAGGCGUCCGAGUUUGGGCUCGACAAGGUGGUGAAGCCGAAGCACCUGGAGGCGUCACUGCCCGCCAAGCCUUCGUCGACAGAAGGUUCGACAGGAGACGGCUGA